AUGACAGCCUCCAGCAUGGGAAAUGGACCUGACAAAAACCUCAGCAACACCAAAGAGGACAGGAAGCUCCGUAAGCCGCUGAUAGAGAAGAGGAGGCGGGAGCGAAUCAACUCCAGUCUGGACCAACUGAAGGGGAUCAUGGUGGAUGCUUACAAUCUGGAUCAUUCCAAACUGGAGAAGGCUGAUGUGUUGGAGAUCACAGUUCAGCACAUGGAGGGGCUGCAGAAGGGCCAUGCUGCAGGCAGUGUUGCUGGAUUUGAAUCUCGCCAGCGCUACAGCAGCGGUUAUAUACAGUGCAUGCAUGAGGUUCAUAACCUGCUGCUCAGCUGUCCAGGCAUGGACAAGACUCUGGGCGCCAGGCUCCUCAACCACCUCCUCAAAUCCCUGCCUCAACUCAGCUGCGACACUGCAGCCGCUGGGGGCUCUGGGGACUGUGACAGUCCAGGAGGAGGCAGCAGCAGGAGUCCUGAGAGUCUGAGGGCCGGCGAGAGCUUGAGUGGAGCCACAAGCAACUUUAUUCCCCGCAACUCUGGUGGGAGUGUCCCUGGAAUUGCUGGUUGUGGGGCUGAAAAUGUUCACCCACCCCAGCUCCUGUGCCCGACCUCUUCCACGCCCACUUCGCCUCUUUCCUCCCAAACUAGACCGCCCUUGAGGCCCAGGCGGCUGAAGCUGCACGACGAACUGCAGACAGCCCAUCAGCCUGACAGCUCCAGUGACUUGGCUCCACCCUCUUCUUCCUUGCUUCCUCCCACCUUUCAGCCUGCCUUUCCUGCACAGCCUCCAGUGGCACUGAAUGCUGGGGACUCAAUGUGGAGGCCCUGGUGA